AGCAAGUCAAUAGGUUUUCAACAUGUUUAAAAAGCUGCAGCAUCACACUAGCCAUCGACUCAAAAGAGAAAGAGAGUCACACCCCAGUGACUUAGCAAUUCAUGAGUUAGUACCUACUUCGUUCCAGAACAACAUUUAGAGCAAUGGGAGGAAAAUCAUCUCAACCUGUCAGCCCCCCUCCUCUUUUAGAGGACAAUUGGAGGACAAUACAAUGGGGUUGCAAAGAGAACUAUCUGCCAUUUGUGAAGGAUUAUCAGCCUCAUAAUACAGAGCUCCUAGAGCUGAGAAUUCUGCUUCAUGGACCGGCUGGUUCUGGAAAGUCCAGUUUCAUCAACUCUGUCGACAGUCUUCUACAAGGCAGAAUCACUGGUCGAGCUUUGGUUGAUGCAGUCUCUCACGACAGCUUCACCACUGAAUACAAAACUUACAAAAUCCAAAAAGGAGAACCAGGAACAUUUUACCCUUUUGCGUUCACUGACAUCAUGGGCCUUGAGAAGGACACUAAUAAAGGAGUUGGUGUGGAGGACAUCAAACUGGCCAUGAGAGGACACAUAAAAGAUGGUUAUAAAUUCAAUACUCUCUCUACAAUAUCUGAGGAUGAUUGUCACUACAACAACAACCCCACUCUAAAUAACAAAGUUCAUGUUCUGGUUUGUGUCGUCCCUGCCAACACAAUACAUUUACUGAGUGAUGAAACUGUGAAAAAGAUGAGGGAUGUCAGACUUGCAGCCAGGGACAAGGAGAUUCCCCAACUGGCUAUUCUCACCAAAAUUGAUGAAGCCUGUCCAGAAGUCAAAAGAGAUCUAAGGAAUGUGUAUAAGAGCAAGUCCCUGAAGAAAAAGAUGGAGGAAUUCAGCAUGUCACUGGGUAUUCCACUGAACUGCAUCUUUCCUGUGAAGAACUACCACUCAGAGAUCACCACAGAUGAUGACAUUGAUACACUGAUACUGAGUGCACUGAGACAGAUGACUAAUUUUGGAGAAGACUUUGUCAACAACUUGUAGACCUACAUGCUGCAGGGGCAAAUGUUGCUUUUUCUGAGCAUGAACAAAGCAACUAUCAAUCGGAUGAUCUUAUAACCUGUGUUCUAGUUUGCUGAAUAAAGUAUGAAUAGAUUUAAAACCUACAUGUGCAUAUUAAACAGGUACUUUAACUAUGCUUUUGGAGUUUUAUUGCAGUGUUGGCUAUGCUUUUUUGAUCCUGUGGUAAUAUGUGGCGUUGCAGUCUCACAGUAAUUAUGAAUCUCAUGAUUAGCAACAGGUCAAAAUGUUCGGGCUUAAACUGGGCUAAAUGUGGUUGAAAAGUGAAACUUAUUUAAACAUCUGGUUAUAUAUGUACACAUGGGAGAUAUUUGUUGCUACAACAGCAUCUUCUUUGAACCUGCUACAUAUUGAAUCAUUGUGCUAAAGUAGGGCUGUUAAAAUAAAACCACAGUAAACAUACAA